AUGGCCAUAGCAGAGAAGGAUGUCUGGUUGAUCACCGGUUGCUCUUCUGGAUUGGGCAAAGCUCUUGCGGAGUACACCUACAAAGCAGGCUCCCUUGUUGUCGCCACUGCUCGGAAGCCCGAAACCCUCUCAUAUCUUCCCGACACUCCGAAUGUCCUCAAGUUAUGCCUUGAUGUUACUUCCAAAGAGCAGGUAGCGCAGGUUGUCCAGGCCACCGUUGACAGAUUUGGCGGUCUAGAUGUUGUGGUCAACAAUGCAGGAUAUGGCGUGACUGGUGACACUGAAGUUCUCCCCGACGCCGAUGCACGGGCACAAUUCGAGACCAACUUUUGGGGUGCCGUCAAUGUGACCAAAGCGGCUCUUCCCAUCCUACGAGAAGUCAAUCCGCCUGGAAAGGGUGGCCUGUUUAUCCAGAUCUCAUCUGUGGGCGGCAGGGUUUGUUACGCCGGUUCGGCGUACUACCAUGCCAGCAAAUUCGCUUUGGAGGGGUUCACAGAUGCACUUGCAAAAGAAAUGCACCCGAAUUGGAACAUCAAAUUCACUAUCAUCGAGCUGGGUGCUGUGGCAACCAACUUUCCACAGAAUAUGGUCUUGCCUCCACGGCAUCCAGCUUAUGAAGACCCAGCUUGUGGAUAUAAUGCCGUCAGAGCCUACCUCACCACCGCAUCAAACGCUGUGCAAUGGAACGAUGCUGCAGUCUGUGCUCGAGUCUUGCACGACCUUGCAUGCAAAAGGAAUGACAUUGCCCCACCGAUGAGACUCGCCCUGGGUGCCGAUUCGUGGGCCGUCGUCAAAGCUGAGCUGGAAGGUAUUAUGAAGGAGCACGAAACAUGGAAGGCCGUGGCAGAGAGUACUUCUCACACCGAGAACCAGCGAGCAACGGAGUUUUUGCUCAAGUCGGUGCGCUAG